GAGAAGAGAGGAGCUUUAGACGAGUCGCUUGCUUUACAGGGUCCGUGUAUUGAGCCUGGGAUAGUUUGCGUGUUACUGUCUUUAACCAUUUGGAUUAAACUGCUGUGAACUCCAUGUGACAGACGGGAAUUCAAUCAAGGCACUGCUUUCUGGAUGACUUUGUGGUCUGGAUAACCCUUCAAGAGCUUCAGAAUCCCUUUGCUGGUUUGGAGUUCUGGAUACUGCCAAGAAGACAUAUUUUUUAGGAAUUAACGGGAUCUUGGACGUCACAGUUUGCAAAUGCUUACAAGGAACUGCUCACUGCUGUUCCUCUGCUUUCUCUUGGACAAGGGCCUCCUCUCUCUUCACUCGCCACCCCAAGGCAGGCUGGGAAAGGAGCACCACAGGGGCAUCAUGGGACUGCGGAGGAAUGGAGGGGCUGGUUUUCAGAGGGUGAAAAGGGGCUGGGUUUGGAACCAGUUCUUUGUUCUGGAAGAGUACAUGGGUUCUGACCCACAGUAUGUAGGCAAGCUUCACACAGACCUGGACAAGGGCGACAGCGUAGUGAAGUACACCCUCUCUGGCGAGGGAGCGGGCUCCAUUUUCACCAUCGACCAGACCACGGGGGACAUCCACGCCCUGCAGAGCCUGGACCGGGAGAUGAAGCCCUUCUACACGCUCCGCGCCCAGGCCGUGGACCUGCUCACCGGAAGGCCCCUGGAACCCGAGUCAGAGUUCAUCAUCAAGGUCCAGGACAUUAACGAUAACGAGCCCAGGUUCCUGGAAGGACCGUAUUCCGCCAGUGUCCCGGAGAUGUCUCCAGUGGGUGCAUACGUGAUGCAAGUGACUGCCACCGAUGCCGAUGACCCUACCUAUGGCAACAGUGCUCGUAUAGUGUAUAGCAUCUUACAUGGACAGCCAUACUUCUCUGUCGAUCCUAAGACAGGAGUGAUCCGGACAGCUCUGCCGAACAUGGACAGAGAAGUGAAGGAAAUCUACCAGGUUCUCAUCCAAGCCAAGGACAUGGGGGGGCAGCUGGGGGGUCUGGCAGGGACGACCACCGUCAACAUCACCCUGAGCGACCUCAACGACAACCCACCCAGGUUCUCAAAAAGUAUAUUUCACCUCAGAGUUCCUGAGUCUUCACCCGUGGGGUCAGCUGUGGGUAGGAUCAAAGCGCAUGAUCUAGACACCGGGAAAAACGCUGAGGUGGAGUACUACAUAGUGCCUGGAGAAGGAGGCCACAUGUUUGACAUUGUUACCAACGCACACCAGGAAGGGAUCAUCAUCCUCAAAAAGCGUUUGGACUACGAAACCAGGAAGUCGUACGCCUUCAAGGUUGAGGCCUCCAAUGCACACCUGGAUCCCCGCUUCCUUCACCUGGGUCCCUUCAAGGACACGGCCACAGUCAAGGUCAAUGUCCUGGAUGUGGAUGAGCCCCCUGUUUUCAGCAGACACUCCUACAGCAUGGAGGUCUACGAGGACACAGCCUACGGCACGGUCAUCGGAGCGGUGUCUGCUCAGGACCUGGAUGUUGGCGCCAGCAAAGUGAGGUAUUCCAUCGAGUGGAAGAGGGACCAAGACAGCUACUUUGACAUUGAUCCGGUGACAGGGACAAUUUCCACCAUCGAUGUCCUGGACAGAGAGAGAAUCGCCAAGCACAACAUCUCUGUUGUGGCAACUAAAGUUAAUAACCCCGCCCUGACCAGCAAAGUACCAGUCACCGUCAAUGUUCUUGAUGUCAACGAGUUUCCCCCCGAGCUGGCCGUGGCAUACGAGUCAUUUGUGUGCGAGAAUUCAAAACCCGGGCAGGUGAUUCAGACGAUCACCGCGAGAGACAGUGACAACCCUCCGAUGGGGCCGAGGUUCUUUUUUCGCUCACCUCCGCAGGACAUCAAGGACAAGAAUUUCACCAUUCGAGACUAUGGGAACAACACGGCGGGGGUGGUGACCCGGCGCGGCGGGUUUCGCCGGCGGCUGCAGGACCUGUACCUGCUGCCCGUGGUGAUGGAGGACAUCGGCCACCCGGUCCUGAGCAGCACCGGGACCCUGACGGUGCGCGUGUGCGCGUGUGACGGCGGCGGGGCCCUCCUGUCCUGCAGCGCGGAGGCCGUCUUCCUGCCUGUGGGCCUCAGCCGGGGGGCGCUCAUCGCCAUCCUGGUCUGCAUCGUCAUCCUGCUGGUCAUGGUGGUUCUGUACGUGGGCCUCAGACGGCAGAAGGACAAGGGCACCCUGAUGACAUCGAAGGAGGACAUCCGUGACAACGUCAUCCACUACGACGACGAGGGAGGCGGGGAGGAGGACACCAACGCCUUCGACAUCGGCACCCUGCGCAACCCCAAAGCCAUGGUGCAGGAGAAGGGCCUCCGCCCAGACGCCCGGCCGGGGUCGGGCCCCGGGGGCUCCCAGGAAGGCCCCGACGUGCGGGACUUCAUCCAGCGCCGCCUGCAGGAGUCUCAGCUGGACUCCUCGGCUCCCCCCUAUGACUCGCUGGUCACCUUCGCUUACGAGGGAGGGGGCUCCGUGGCCGAGUCUCUGAGCUCCAUCGAGUCCCGGGGGGCCGAGGCGGAGGAGGACUACAGACGCCUGUGUGAGUGGGGACCCCGUUUCCAAACGCUGGCGGCGAUAUUCAGCGGGAAGGACCCUCAGUCCCGCGAGACAGAGCCGGCGCUGGCGGCAGAGACCAAUGAGGAAACGGCAGAGUUAACCAGAGACACCACAGAGGAAGAACAAACUUAGCUUUCAUUCACUGACCCUUUCGCACUUCAGUUAUACUCCGAUUUACCUCUGAAUUUUCCUUCAUAACUAUGUGACUCCUUCAGAAGGACUACAUAGUACCUUCAUAAGGGCACCAUAAAAAUUCAUAAACUCUCCUGUGGAAGAUGGCGUAUUGUGUGUUGCUAAGGAUACAGCAAAGGCAUUACCAGUGACGCACACCUGCGUUUAUUGAAAAAAGCAUCCAUGAUUGUCAUUACAGUUUUUAUGAAGGUGCUAUAUAGUGUUUAUGAGGGAGUGAUAAAGCUCUCGAGAUGGACCAUUAAUUAAAAUGCCAGAUAUUGCUCUCUUAGGGACAAAUAUCGGCAAAUACUGAACAAUGAGCCAACUAUCUAAUUAAUAUUCACAGUUUUCUUUUGUAGUAUUUUUACCUGAUUUGUUUCUGUACUGAUUACUGGAAUCUUAAUUUUAAUUAUUGAGUCAAAUCUUUGAAUUUAUUGUCAUAACAGUGGGAAGAAAAAAAACAUUUAAAAAGGGAGAGAUCUCUCUUUAAUAUCCUUGAAAGUGCCUCAUGGACUGUCCUAUUUCUUAGACCUCAUGUUGCUAUACAGCUCCUAUUGUGUUUCUUGUAAGUCUGAAUCCUAGAACAAAGGUUAUAGGAAACUUAUUAAAGCAGUUUUAUUGUAGGAGGGAACAACUUAUAAAAUGUCAACUGGGAUAAAGUUUGAUCCUGAGUUUGCCAAAAUUUAUUUUGAUUGUUAUGUGUGUACAUGUUUGAGUACUUCUUUGUUAUGAAUUAGUUUAAUCUUUGGCAAGAACAGCGGGUGUAUGUGUCCAUGCGUCUCAGUAUAGGGACAGUAAUGAGACAGUUGUUGGGAUUUGUGAUGGUUGUACAAAUAUUUAGGGCUGCAGAUAAUUGGGAUUCAGGUCAUGUUAUAAACAUGCU